AUGUUCGAAAAAUUACUAGUCGUCGUGCUCGUUAUGCACAUGGCGCCCUCAUUAAUUCAAGCAAAAUUAGUUCAAAUGGUAAUACCGACGGAGCCACCGCCGCCGCCACCAACUCUUCGUUAUUAUAUUGCGUAUCAACGUUGCCCUCGGGUACAUAGUGCCAAAGGGUAUCUUUUGCCUUACAUUCAAAUUGAUAGGCUGCAAAACCCUUGUAUGUUCAGCGGAGAAUCUAUAACGAUUACGGACUCUAUAAUUAACGUUACUAACACAGAUCUCCACUUAGUUUCCAAGAACAUUACGCUCAUUGGAAACUUGUUUGAUGGGCACAACCAAGUUAUACGCAUAUUUGCGGACAAUAUGAAACUACAUAAUAAUCAAUUUGUUGGACAAAAUCGAACCUAUGAAGCCGUGGGAGUGAACAUCUAUUUGUCACACAACUCUCAUAAAGGCCAUACAUCAACUUUUAAAGUGACAGCACCAUACAUAAAGGAAGUAACGAACAUGCAUGUUGGAAAUGAUCAAUAUCAUAACUUAACAGGAGUAGCUUUAAGCGAAAUUCGCAACGAAUAUCCUGAAAAACUAUGGCUUUAUCAGAGAGCUGGAUUAGUAAUUGCAAAUACUGGCAAUGUUCAUUAUCAAAAGGAAUUUUCGAUCGAGCGAGAUACUUGCAUGUAUACGGGUUAUAAUCAAAACCACAACCUUUACGCAACUAACGUCAAGGAACAUAAAAACUUCUUUACUGGUGAAAAUCAGAUUCACAGAGAGACUGGUAAAAAUGUCACCACAACUAUGAACUGGUAUGUUGGAGAUAAAAUUCAUACCAUUAAUGGAGUGGAUAAACCAGAUGAUACAUGGUAA